AAUGUCAAACGAUGUCGGAAUGACAAUCCAAUCUCUUUCAUCUGUCAAAAAUACGUCAAAAACAGUGCCGCCACAUGUUACUAAUAUUAAUAAGCAUUUUGUGAUUUUUCUCUUAUUUAAUUUGCAAUUUAAAGCAUAAAACAUGAAACCUUUGAUGCUGCAAGGGCACGAGCGUGCCAUAACCCAAAUCAAGUAUAAUCGUGAAGGAGACUUGUUGUUUUCCGCGGCCAAGGACUCUAAGCCCAAUGUAUGGUGGUCCUUAAACGGAGAACGCUUGGGCACUUUCAAUGGUCAUGGUGGUGUGGUAUGGUGCCUUGAUGUGGACUGGCAAACUAUUCAUCUUAUCACGGGCGGUGGAGACAGUUCUUGCAGGUUAUGGGAUUUGGAAACUGGUAAAAACAUAGCAACAAUUAAAACAAAUUCUUCUGUGAGGACAUGUAACUUCAGUUUUAGUGCCUAUCAAGCCGCCUACACUACUGACAAGGCUAUGGGGCAUCCGUGUGAGGUUUUCAUCAUAGACACAAGGACAGUUGACGAGUCCCUAUCAACCCAAGCUCCAAUACUGAAAUGGGAAAUCACAGACUCCAAAGUGACAUCAAUGGUGUGGGGCACCCUGGAUGAGACUAUCAUCACUGGUCAUGAAGCUGGUGAUUUGAUCCAGUGGGAUUUAAGGACUGGCAAAAAAUUGCAUUCAAUCAAGGAGCACACACAUCAGGUGAAUGACAUGCAGCUUUCCCGUGACGGCACCAUGUUCAUCACAGCUUCCAAGGAUCAAACCGCCAAACUCUUUGACACUAGCUCCCUUGAACUCCUCAAAGAGUACAAAACUGAACGUCCCGUGAACUCAGCUGCUCUCAGUCCCAUUUUAGACCAUGUGGUACUCGGUGGUGGGCAAGACGCCAUGGAGGUAACAACAACAUCCACUAGACAAGGAAAGUUUGACGCCCGUUUCUUCCACCUUGUCUUUGAAGAGGAGUUUGGUCGUGUCAAAGGACACUUUGGACCAAUCAACAGUUUAUCAUUCCAUCCUGAUGGCAAGAGUUUUGCGUCAGGCGGUGAAGACGGUUAUGUGCGCGUGCAGAGUUUUGAUCAAUCCUAUUUCGAUUAUACUUUUGAUUACAACAGGGAUUAAAACUUAAAACUACUAUAAGUAAAAUCAUACAGUAUUGUAUAAAAAAAAAAUUAUACUUUUCUGAAAC